AUGGAUCAAGAAUGCAUCCGCGAUCUUGCUGCUGCUGUCGAGUGUGGCAACCAGCGUCUCCUGCUUCCGUAUGCCCAAGCUCUGUGGCAAACCGACCAGCAUCAGCAAGCCAUAGAGGCCCUCGAGGCGUUUGGCAUUAGUCCGUUCGAUGUGCAGUGCGCUCGGUUGCUCGUCGAGUACUACGAGUAUCACUACUGCUCCCAGAUGCAUCAGGAAGCAGCUCCAGCAGAUGGCCAGGAAGCAAAUGACGACGACAUUAGACGACACCGAGCCUAUCUUUUCAAUCUACGUCUUGCCCUCGCCGACCAUGGCGAUGUUCCCAGUCUCUUUUAUCUGCUAGAGUCCCUGCAACCGAGGCUCAUCAAGUCUCUCGUGGCAGCGAUGGAGAGCGACCACGACAUCGACGAUCCUCCAGAUGACUCAGUGGUGCAUGCAAGGACUCUGCUCCCGCUCUUAGAGAAGGCGGCGCUCGAAGGCGAUCCCUCGGCCGUCGCGGGAGCUGCGGCCAUCUAUCGGCAAAUGUAUCUUGACACUCGGAGCACCUCAGGCCACCGCCCACCCAAGGUCGCUGCAUCCCUUGCCAGCCGAAUAGCCGACAAGUACCGGCUCUUUGUUGCCCUGGCAGCCAAGCUCGAUGAUGCCGCCUGCGUCUUUGACUGGGCCGAGUUGCUGCUGGCCGACAGACAAAAGAAUGGCCUCCAGAUGCAACAGGCACUCGACAGCUUCGUCAAAUCCGGCGAGCUCGGAAACUUCCGUGGGUACCUUCGGGCGGCCUCGUUGCUGCAAGACGGAACGAUAACCGUCCCAGGUGGAGCAGGCGAUCGCCAGGUACUCGAACUCUGCUAUCGGGCAGCCCAGAAAGGCUCGACAGCACCGACCCUCAAAGAAAUCGGCGAUGGUUACCGUCACACCGCCGAUGCGGAGCUGGCUCUAGCAGUUCGAUGCUACAAGGAAGGCGCCGAUGGCGGAUGCCCAAACUCGAUGGCGGCUCUGGGUGACUGCCUGUGGGGAGGAGUGGGUGCAGCGACGGACCGAUCGAGAGCUGUCGAGCUGUGGGAACGAUCGACGGGCCUGGGGUCAAUGGCCGCCGACGAUUGCAGCAACCGAGCCCCGCAGCUUCUGGUGUGCUUCUGGAAGGGUUAUGGAUGUGCUCGGGAUCCCGAGAAAGCCAGAGCGUUGUGGCAGCGACUCGCCAGCAGUCUGGGCGUCAGUGCGUCCGAGGAGCAGAUGCUGGAUGCAAUCGACCUGAUCGAAGGGCAGCUCUUGUAGUCCGGGCCAGCCAUUGGGAGAGCCGGGAAAUUUGUCGCCAACGAUAGCACCACAUUGUUCACACCGAAACAGAGCAUGCCAAUGUUCGAG